AUGGUCACAGCAGUGGCAGCCUUUUCCAUAUGGGGCAGCGAUGUCCUGCCUGCCCAAGCUGAUCCCACUGGCAACCCAGAAGAUUGGACAUUGGAUGAAAUAAAAAGAUGGCUUCGCGCAAGAGGACUGUUGCCAAACGAGAGUGCGACGCGCGAGGAGCUACUCGAAAGAGUCAAAGCAAACCUGCGCAUACCACGCAAGACAUCGGCUGGGCCGUGA